AGCUCGUUGCAAAGAGCGCAGCAGAUUGGCGUCAAAUACUAUGUCGAUUUCCAGCUCAGGAUCCCACGAGCAGAGACGGAAGCCAUUGCCAAUGUCAUUUUCACUCACGCCCGGCGAAUCAACCCAGGCUUCCAAAUGGUAAUUGUUAGCAGCUACCGGCAAGGCAAGCUAGAGAGCGGCGACGUUAAUGUGAUUAUAAGCCACCCCGACGAAGCUCAAACGCUCAACGUUGUGAAAAGGCUGAUUUACAUCCUAGAGAAGAGCUCUUUCAUCAAGCAUACUUUGAGUGUUUGGACGCGAAAUAGUAAUCGUGAACAAGCCCCUCUGCCAUAG